UGUACAAAUUGUGGUACGACAACAACACCGCUUUGGCGCCGUGAUCCCGAAGGACAGCCUCUAUGUAAUGCUUGUGGUCUAUUUCUUAAACUACAUGGUGUUGUUCGACCUCUCAGCUUGAAAACAGACGUUAUCAAAAAGCGUAAUCGA